AUGUCUAUCCGCAGCGAGUCGUCGGCGGCCCCGUCAGCGGCCACCUCGCCGACAGACACGCGCGCGCCGGCCAGCCGGCUCGAUUCUUUUCAGGCCCUUGCCGGCGAGGGUCUCGCGGAGAGCUUCCAGUCCACAGACACGAUCCGGCGGCGGCCAGACGCAGGCUAUGGAACAGUUUCGUCUUCGUCCCAGAUGCUUCCACCGGCCGCAGCCGACGCGACCACGCCGGCCCACGAGCGACCACAACAACAGCGGCCCUCGGGCGCGACAGCAAGCCUCUCAUCGGCCACGCGCUCACCGCUGCUGGGCCCUGAUCGUGGCCGGGGCCGUCCACGGAAACCGGCGCUGCCGCGACGCGCAUCCAGCAACACACAGGCGCGCCACCGUGGCGGCGUCUUCUCGGUCGACGAUGCCGUCAGCGAGGUUGAGGCCGACGAGGCUGAGCGCAAGUUCAGCCACCCACCCCCGACGCUGGGUACGCGCCGCCGAACGCCCGGCCAGCUCUCCCUUGGACGGCUGCACGCCGGCAGCCGCGACGAGGGCGUGGACGACGAGGCGUUGGCGUCGCCUGCCUUUGUGCCAAAGCCGCUCGGCACGCCAGGCGUAGACAUGGCGGCAUCCAGCAUCUUGGAGGAGCUGGGUGACGGUAUCACCGAUCUGGACGCGCUGGACGACGAGGUCGAGGAAGACGAGCUGGAUCUGGGAGGAGGAGGAGGAGGAGGAGGAGGAGGAGGAGGAGAAGGAAGAGGAGGUGGGACCCAGCUUGUCGGUUUGAACGAAGAUGACGACGACGAUGACGAUGGCAACAUUAGUGAUGCCGAGAGCUUCACGCUAAAAGACCGACAGCAAGCGAUCAACGAGACGCACCCGUUUGGGAUCCGGCUGUGGAAGCCGGCACUGUACAAGAAGGACCGGUCGGUGCAGAAGACGGCAGAAGGCGACAUUCACUCAUCGCCGGGCGGCCACGUCAGCACGUGGCUGCUCUUCUUCAACAUCAUGUGGACGCUCUUCUUUGGCUGGUGGCUGGCGCUGAUCGCGUCCACGGGCGCGUUUGUGUGUCUGCUCUUUGCGGCGGCGUCGAGCGGACGAGAAUAUGGGCGAGUGCUCUGGGGACUCGCCAGCUACCUAUUCUACCCGUUUGGCAAGUUUGUCCGGCUGGAGCAGCAGGAGCCGUACCUGGACGAGGACCAGGGCGAGGGCCGAAGCAUCAGCGAGUACGAGCAGUGGCAGAACGGCGACCUCGAGUACGGCCGGCUGUUCUUUGGACCGGAACGCGGCCGCUCCAUCAUCGGACGGUCACGACGCAGCAUCGACUCGGAGCGGCCGAACGAGACGGACAGCCUGCUGGGCCACCGGUCGGGCGGGCCCAGCCAUGGACGCCACGGUAGCCAGAGCCGAGACGAGGACAGCGUGGACGGCGAUCUACCACGGAUGAAGCGACGGCUCUUUGGUCGCGGGCAGUGGAAUGUCGGACGCGUCAUCUUCUUCCUCUUCUUCUACCUGCUGAUCACGCCGUCGCUGUUCGUCGCGUCCGGCAUCUGCUGGCUGCUCGUGUUCUGGAUCCCGAUGGGCCGGGUGACGAUCCUGCUGUUCGACCACCUGCGACGCCAUCCGCUGGCGCUGACGUUUGAGUCAGACAUUGCGACAGCACGGGCCCCGGCAGCGCCGCAGUCGUCCAUCAUCGUGUGCACGUACCGGGCUGUGGGCCUCAAGUACUGGAAGUAUACGGUGGACGGGACGAACAUCUUUUUGAUCAACCUGAUGGCGGUGGUGAUGUUUGUCAUCUUCGACUACAUGGUGCUGGACCGCAUGCUCGAGGUGGACAACGUCCUGACGUCGUCGGCCUUUCUGUUCGUGGCCGGACUGCUGUCGAUCAUCCCGCUGGCCUACUUUAUCGGUCAAGCGGUGGCGUCGAUCUCGGCGCAGUCGUCCAUGGGCGUGGGCGCGGCCAUCAACGCCUUCUUCUCGACCAUCGUCGAGGUCUUUCUGUACUGCGUGGCGCUGCGGCAGGGCAAGGCGCAACUGGUCGAGGGCAGCAUCAUCGGCAGCAUCUUUGCCGGUAUCCUCUUCCUGCCGGGGCUGUCGAUGUGUUUUGGGGCUAUCAAGCGGAAGACGCAGCGGUUCAACGCCCGCUCGGCCGGCGUCACGUCGACGAUGCUGCUCUUUGCCGUCAUUGCCGCCUUCAGCCCGACGCUCUUCUACCAGAUCUACGGCACCCACCAGCUCAACUGUCUCGACUGUGUCGACAGCGUCGGCCGGCUGCAGGGCGACGGCGACGGUGACGGCCGCGACUGCCGCCGCUGCUACUUUUCGCAGACGCCGGCCAUCGACGACCGCUUCUACCUCGAGGCCGUGCGGCCGUACUGCUACCUGGCCGCCAGCCUGCUGUUCCUAUCGUACGCCAUCGGACUGUGGUUCACGCUGCGGACGCACGCGGCCGUGAUCUGGAACGCGGAGGUCGAGGAGAAGCACGCGUCCGUGCCGGGUGGCGGUGGCGGUGGUGGUGGUACGAUCACGACAUUGGGCGAGUCUUCGGGGGCGGACGUGCGCGACGCACAUGCCUACCGUCGCAUCAUCGGCCAGUCACUCAAGCAGGCCGGCCUGGCAGCACCGUCCGGAUCGCACGGGGCAGCCGGCAAGACGGCAGCAUCUGACGGCGACAGCCUGCUGCAGCAGGUGGCCGAGAUGGCCGGGACGUUGGCCCGGGACGGACGCCAGCCCCGUCGGACAUCGGUGCAGGGCAGCGUGCCGGCGAGCGGUGGCCCUCGACCACCGCUCAUCCAUCACGAGGACGCUGGUGUAGCAGCUGGCGGCGGUGCCGCUGGCGGAGACCACACCGGACACGACGCGCCCAACUGGAGCCGGAUGAAGUCGUCGGUGGUCCUGAUGUGCGCUACGGCGCUGUAUGCGGUGAUUGCGGAGAUCCUGGUAGACUCAGUAGACUUUGUCCUGGACGGAUUCGCGAUCGACGAGAAGUUUCUAGGCAUCACGCUGUUUGCGCUUGUUCCGAACACGACCGAAUUUCUGAAUGCUAUCUCGUUUGCGAUGAACGGCAACAUUGCGCUGUCGAUGGAGAUCGGGUCGGCUUACGCGCUGCAGGUGUGUCUGCUGCAGAUCCCGGCGCUGGUGCUCUUCUCGGCCGCGUUUCCGGCUGUCGGCGCAGAUGCAGCACGCUUCACCUUCUCGCUGCUGUUCCCGCAGUGGGACAUGAUCUCGGUCAUCCUCUGCGUCUUCCUGCUGAGCUACAUGUACGGCGAGGGCAAGAGCAACUACUUCAAGGGCAGCAUCCUGCUGAUGAGCUACAUCGUCGUCGUCUCGGGCUUCUACUUUAGCGGCUACACGACCGCGCUCGACAUGGAGAGCUCCGGGCUGCGACGCUUCGACACCCUCGGCCAAGACGGCCAGUUUGUCCGCUAUGGCAAGUCGUUCAAGACGGCCGGCCAAGGCCGCGCUGGAGCGGCUUUCUAG